UUUUCAGGUUUGAAAACAAACAAACAUUUUUAAAGAGCUUUUACUUACCUUUAUUGACAAUUUUGUUUCUUAUUUUCAUCUAAUCAAAUUCACGUUGUUUAUUUACACAGAGUUCAAAUCUUGUUCUAUUAAGCUUUGAAUAUGGAUAUUCCAGUCGACAGAAUUCCUCGUACGCUUCGUAAUCUUCGGGCCUGUUUGCUUUGUUCACUCGUUAAAUCUUUUGAGCAGUUUGAAGUGGAUGGAUGUGACAAUUGUGAAUUUGUCCUGGGUAUGAGAGGAAACCGUGAAAUGAUAUUCGACUGUACAUCUUCAAAUUUUGAUGGUAUGAUUGGUGUCACUCAACCAGAUGAAAGUUGGGCUGCCAAAUGGUUAAGGAUUCCCAGUUUCAAGCCUGGAAUUUACGCUGUUAGUGUAUCUGGAAGAUUACCGCCAACUAUAUACAGAGAGCUUAAAUCAAGAAAUAUUCCUUAUAAAUCAAGAGACCGUGCUGCGUAAAUAUCUUUUAGGUUAAAAAGUGGAACUGAAAAUUUUACAACUCUAUGUGAUUUUGGCUUCCAAGUCAAUCUAAAUUUAGUUCAAUUGUUUUCUUAACUGUAACCACACCCUGGUUUUUGAUGAUCUUUUCCUUACCAAUAAAUGUUCAUUUAAAAUAAUUUGAUUA